UGAUAUCCUUCCGCGGGAGAGAAGCGCGCGGCCCUUUCCCUCCGACAGCACAGGAUGUGAACGGGACGUUACUCUGCGCCACCGUGAACGUUUCCCGCCCCAUCCGACUGAAACACACCGAGCUAGCACCGGGUCCCUCCGCCUGAACCCGCCCUGCGGCGCCACCGACGGAGCUCCGUGAAGAAAUAUAAUCUGCUGCGAGCUGCGCGGCAACCGAAACCGAGAGAGAGAGAGCGAGGCUGCCGGCGGAAUGGAGCUCAUCACAAUCCUCGAAAAAACGGUCUCUCCAGAUCGGAAUGAACUGGAGGCGGCUCAGAAGUUUCUGGAGCAGGCUGCCAUAGAGAACCUGCCCACAUUCCUGGUGGAGUUGUCCAAAGUGUUGGCGAACCCAGGAAACACUCAGGUGGCUCGUGUGGCCGCCGGCCUGCAGGUGAAGAACUCUCUGACCUCCAAAGACCCCGACGUCAAGACGCAGUACCAGCAGAGAUGGCUGGCCAUCGACGCCAACGCUCGCCGCGAGAUCAAAAACUACGUUUUACAGACUCUGGGCACGGAGACGUAUCGACCCAGCUCGGCGUCGCAGUGCGUCGCUGGGAUCGCCUGCGCGGAGAUUCCCGUCAACCAGUGGCCCGAGCUGAUCCCCCAGCUGGUGGCCAACGUCACCGACCCCUCCAGCACCGAACACAUGAAGGAGUCCACGCUGGAGGCCAUCGGAUACAUCUGCCAGGACAUCGAUCCGGAGCAGCUGCAGGAAAACGCCAACCAGAUCCUGACGGCCAUCAUCCAGGGCAUGAGGAAGGAGGAGCCCAGCAACAACGUCAAACUGGCGGCGACCAACGCCCUCCUCAACUCACUGGAGUUCACCAAAGCCAACUUCGACAAGGAGACGGAGAGACACUUCAUCAUGCAGGUGGUGUGUGAAGCUACACAGUGUCCCGACACCAGAGUGCGGGUCGCAGCCUUACAGAACCUGGUGAAGAUCAUGUCUCUGUACUAUCAGUACAUGGAGACCUACAUGGGUCCGGCUCUGUUCGCGAUCACCAUCGAGGCGAUGAAGAGCGACAUCGACGAGGUGGCCUUACAGGGCAUCGAGUUCUGGUCCAACGUGUGUGACGAGGAGAUGGACCUGGCCAUCGAGGCCUCGGAGGCCUCGGAGCAGGGACGGCCCCCCGAGCACACCAGCAAAUUCUACGCCAAAGGGGCCCUGCAGUACCUGGUCCCCAUCCUGACGCAGACCCUCACCAAACAGGACGAGAACGAUGACGAUGACGACUGGAACCCCUGCAAGGCGGCGGGCGUGUGUCUGAUGCUGCUGGCGACGUGCUGCGAGGACGACGUGGUUCCUCACGUUCUGCCUUUCAUCAAAGAACACAUCAAACACCCCGACUGGCGUUACCGCGACGCCUCCGUCAUGGCCUUCGGCUCCAUCCUGGAAGGACCUGAACUCAACCAGCUCAAACCGCUCGUCAUACAGGCGAUGCCCACCCUGAUCGAGCUGAUGAAGGACCCCAGCGUGGUGGUGAGGGACACCACGGCGUGGACGGUGGGCAGGAUCUGCGAGCUGCUGCCUGAAGCCGCCAUCAACGAGAUGUACUUGGCCCCCCUGCUGCAGUGUCUGAUCGAAGGUCUGGGGGCCGAACCCAGAGUGGCCUCCAACGUCUGCUGGGCCUUCUCGUCUCUGGCUGAGGCGGCCUACGAGGCCACGGACGCUGCAGAGGACCAGGAGGAGCCCAGCACCUACUGCCUGUCCUCCUCCUUCGAAAUCAUCGUCCAGAAACUCCUGGAGACCACAGACAGACCUGACGGACACCAGAACAACCUGCGCUCUGCUGCCUACGAGGCUCUGAUGGAGAUCGUGAAGAACAGCGCCAAAGACUGUUACCCUGCAGUCCAGAAAACCACACUGGUCAUCAUGGAGAGACUGCAGCAGGUCCUGCAGAUGGAGUCCCACAUCCAGAGCACCUCAGACAGAAUCCAGUUCAACGACCUGCAGUCGCUGCUGUGCGCCACUCUACAGAACGUUCUGCGUAAAGUUCAGCACCAGGACGCCCUGCAGAUCUCCGACGUGGUGAUGGCCUCGCUGCUGAGGAUGUUCCAGAGCACGGCCGGCUCCGGAGGCGUGCAGGAGGACGCUCUGAUGGCCGUCUCUACACUGGUGGAAGUUCUGGGCAGCGACUUCCAGAAAUACAUGGAUGCCUUCAAGCCUUUCCUGGCUAUCGGACUGAAGAACUACGCUGAGUAUCAGGUCUGUCUGGCGGCGGUGGGUCUGGUGUGCGACCUGUGCAGAGCUCUGAUGUCCAACAUCCUGCCUUACUGUGACGAGAUCAUGCAGCUGCUGCUGGAGAACCUCGGGAACGAGAACGUCCAUCGGUCGGUGAAGCCUCAGAUCCUGUCGGCGUUCGGUGACAUCGCUCUGGCCAUCGGAGGAGAGUUUAAGAAAUAUCUGGACAUCGUCCUGGAUACGCUGCAGCAGGCGUCGCAGGCGCAGGUCGACAAGACGGACUACGACAUGGUGGACUACCUGAACGAGCUGAGGGAGGGCUGUCUGGAGGCGUACACCGGGAUCAUCCAGGGCCUGAAGGGAGACCAGGAGAACGUCCACCCUGAUGUGAUGCUGGUGCAGCCUCGGGUGGAGUUCAUCCUCUCCUUCAUCCAUCACAUAGCGGAGGAUGAAGAUCACUCUGACGGAGUCGUGGCCAACGCUGCUGGACUCAUCGGAGACCUGUGCACGGCCUUCGGUAAAGACGUGAUGAAGCUGGUGGAGGUUCGUCCGCUCAUCAACGACCUGCUGACGGAGGGACGACGCUCCAAAACCACCAAGACCAAGACGCUGGCUACCUGGGCCACCAAGGAGCUCCGCAAGCUGAAGAGCCAGGCCUGAUUUUGGCGGCGGGGAAACGAGAGAGAGCGAGAUUAGAGACGACAUCAGAGAACAACGAGGACAAACUGCCCCACUGGAAUUCAACUCUUGUGUGUUUGCGGCGGUUCGCUGCAAACCCGAGCCGAGUGUGAGAUGAGACGAUGAGUGUGUGAGCGAGCGAGCGAGACGAUGACAUCACACCACCUUCAGUUCCAGCAGGCGACGACUUCCCCCCCUCCCCUCCCCUCCCCCCCUCUUCCUCCUCCUCCUCCUCCUCCUCCUGGACGGCCUGUGGACUGGACUCUUGACUCCCCUAAAAACAAAAAAAAAAGAAAGAAAGAAAAAAAAAAAAGAAAGACAAACCCCCCCGGAGCCCCUCCCCCCUCCUCCCACAAUCCACCUCUCUCGCUGUAGCCGGGCUCGCCAACAUCUCUUACGACACGACGAUGACGUCACCGACCUGCCGCCCUCCACGCCGAGCCCCCCCCCCCCGGGGGGAGGAGGAGGGGGGGGAGGGGAAACAAAACAGAAAAAUAAAAGACUUUUGUGGAAUCAAAGAUAAAUGAAUCGACUUUGAGGACUUCUGUGGAAACUUUUGGAUUUUCGUUGCUCUUCUUUUCUUCUUCUUCUUCUUCUUCUUCUUCCUCUAAAAGCACUCUGUGGUCGCAGACUUUGAUGGUGAACCAGCGACGGAGAUCUGACGGACAACAAACAAACCUCCACCUGUCCGGUCCCAUCCAAACAACUACAGCACUAAAAAAAAAUUCUUUUGAAAGCAGAAGUUCCAAAAACGGACGUGAAACACUUGAGGAAGCUCAGAGGAGACGAGUGCCAAAUGUGGAAAUAAAACGUGGCGCGGAGCUGCUGGUGGAGCGUUUUUGAUUUCCCGCUGCACUUGGUUUGGGAACGGGUCACUCACCAUUUUUGCUUGUUUAAAAAAAAAAAAAAAAAAGAAUUCAGAGAAUUGAAGACGUUUGUAUAAGGUUAUAUUUUUCCAUUGCUAUAAUGAAAAUAAAGUAAAAAACAAUAAAAUGAUAUGAAACAUUCCCCAA